AAUGACGUCACGGGAAGGGGCAGCUCACCCCACCCCUGCAAGAUAGAGAAGUUCAAGUUAAUCGUAUGAACGAAAGUAGAGGAUAUUGGUUCAUAUUGCAUCCGAACGAUUUCACGUAGCCUACGCGUACUACAAAGUAUGGCAGGAAACCAUUUGGCUGGAUCUCAGGAGGUUAAAGCAUCGUAUAAAGUUUCCCCAACAGAGACGAAGGGCAGGACCUCUGAACUCCUCCUCAGCUCUGAGCAGUUCAAGACUGAGAAGCUGAAGGACAGAGACAACAUAUACACCAUCAUGGCCCCAGCCAACAGGACGCGCAUGGCUCUGCUGAUCACCAAUGUGCGGUUUGACCACUUGAAUCAUCGGGAUGGUGCUGAGAAAGACGAGGAGGAUAUGAGCAAACUGCUGAUCUCACUGGGAUACAACGUGGAGCAACACAGAGACCUCAGUGGAGCGGAGAUGGACGAGGCUGUCAAAAGGUUUUCUAAAGACCCCCGUCUGGCCGCGACAGACUCUGUCUUUGUGGUCAUCAUGUCCCAUGGGGUGAAGGGAGCCAUUUUAGGCGUCCAUCACUGCGAUGGAGACCCCGACCAGUUCCCCAUUGACAAUAUCUACAAACACUUGGAUUCGGCUCAUUGUCCAAAACUGCUCAACAAACCCAAAGUCAUCAUCAUCCAAGCCUGCAGAGGAGUGGAUGAUGGCUCUGCGAUAGUCUGCGAUGGGCCUGGGUCUGUCCCAGAGCAGGCCCCGGUAGUGCAGGUGGAUGCGGCCCUCCCACCUCACCUGGCAGAUGAAGUGGACGCAGACAUCGAGGAGGAUGCUAUUCACAGGGUGCACAAAGAAAAAGACUUUAUUUCACUUCUGUACACGGUGUCGUAUAGACAAAAAAGCCAAGGUUCUUUUUUAAUCCAACACAUUGUGGAGAUCUUCAACCGCCACGCACACAAGGACCACAUCGACGAACUCUUCAGAAAGGUCCUGAAGCGUUUUGAAGAUGAGCCACCUUCAGCAGAUACAAGACAGAUGGCUGUCAAAGAACGAAGCACCUUAACCAGAAUGUUUUACCUCUUCCCAGGGCCGGAUCUGUCCGAUAAGCAGCUCCUGGAGGUGGCCCAAAGGCUGGGACAGGAGUGGGAGCCGGCUGCCAUCCACCUGGGGCUGAAGACAGAAGAUCUGGAGGCCAUCAAGGCAAAACAUAGAUCUGUGGCCAUGCAGAAGCUGCAGAUGUUGGUGCUGUGGAAGCGCCGAAGACCACCAGGAGAGGCCACAGCUCUGGACCUGCUGGAAGGUCUGAAAGACCUGGAGGACCUACCGGACAAUACUCCUCUGUCAUUAAUCGGGGAACUUCAAAGGAUCCGUUCUGAAUUUGUGACGAUAGUUACAACCUCAGUUAUCAAAGGUCUCCUGAAUGAUCUUUGGCAGCAGCACGUGUUCAGUACUGAGGAAACUGAAUAUAUGAUGGAGGACUUCACAACAAGUGCAGACAUGGCACGUUGUCUGAUCAAAAUGGUGAUCGGGAAAGGGGAGAGAGCAAGUCACAUAAUGAUUGACAGUAUGAAGAAAAGGGACCCUGACUUAUGCUCCACCCUGGGUCUGAUCUCUUCUCCUGCUGGUGUGGGACAUGGGGACGACAAGAUGCUAGUAAAGCCGAAGGAACCAACGUUUCUUUCAAGGGGGGAACUUCAAAGGAUCCGUUUUGAAUUUGUGAAGAGAGUUACAACCUCAGUUAUCAAAGGUCUCCUGGAUGAUCUUUUGCAGCAGCACGUGUUCAGUACUGAGGAAAAGGACUAUAUGAUGGACUACAGAACAAGAGCAGACAUGGCACGUCGUCUGAUCGACAUGGUGAUGACGAAAGGGGAGAAAGCAAGUCACAUAAUGAUUGACGGUAUGAAGAAAAGGGACCAUCACCUAUGCUCCACCCUGGGUCUGAUCUCUUCUCCUGCUGGUGUGGGGCGCAAUCUGUCCGAUAAGCAGCUCAGGAAGGUGUCUGAAAUGCUGGGACAGGAGUGGGAGCUGGUGGCCAUCCACCUGGAGCUGAGCACCAUAGAUCUGGACGUCAUCAAGGCAGACAGACAGACGGAUGUGGCCAUGCAGAAAUACAAGAUGUUGGUGCGGUGGAGGGGCCAAAGACCACCAGGAGAGGCCACAGCUCAGGACCUGCUGAGAGGCCUGGAAGACCUGGAGGACCUACCGUUCAAGACUCGUCUGUUAUUGACAGAUUAUUGGACCGGCGAGGAGUUACCAAAUCUAUUGGAAAGAUUCCUAAACCAGUUCCAGAGGUCCAACGAGAAUGAGAGCCAUAUGCACGCUGUGUCCUCCACUGAAUCCAACACCCCUGGGUCUGCUCCACAACUCCCUCAAGCAACAGAGGAAGAGGAAGAGGAUACACCAUAUCCCAUGAAGGCUCAACCGAAAGGCUACUGCUUGAUCGUCAACAACUUUGACUUCAGCGAUUCCGGUCGGAACCUAGGUCAACGGAUGGGGACAGACAUUGAUAAAGAGAGCCUGAGGAGUGUGUUCACCUGGCUGGGCUUCAAGGUUAAGGUGCUGCAGGACCUCACCAGAGCCCAGAUGCUCUCCUCCAUGCGGGAGCUGGCCAGCAGGGACCACAGUUGGAUGGACUGCGUGGCUUGCGUGGUACUGAGCCACGGCCUGGAGGGCGGCGUGUACGGGGUGGACGGGAAGGUGGUCCAGCUGAAGGAGCUCGCUGACUUCCUGAAUGGGGUAAGGUGCGCCUCUCUGAGAGGGAAGCCCAAGCUGUUCUUCAUCCAGGCCUGCCAGGGCAACAAGAGGGAGCAGGCGGUCCCCGUCCUGGACAACAGACCCGCCCCCCCAGAGGUCAGCGACCAAACCGACGGACCCAGUAGCACUGGGGACCACACCCAGACGGACGGACCCAGCAGCACUGGGGACCACACCCAGACGGACGGACCCAGCAGCACUGGGGACCACACCCAGACGGACGGACCCAGCAGCACUGGGGACCACACCCAGACGUACGGACCCAGCAGCACUGGGGACCACACCCAGACGUACGGACCCAGCAGCACUGGGGACCCCUGCAGCGACGCCGUGGAGGAGUGGAUACCCACCUCGGCAGAUUUCCUGACCGCCAUGGCUACCACUCCCUCCUAUCUCUCUAUGAGAGACGAGGACCAAGGCUCCUGGUUCAUCCAGUCCUUGUGCCAUAACCUUGUGAAGUUGGUUCCUGGUGGCAAAGACUUAGCCAGGAUCCUGACGACGGUUAACAAAAAUGUGAGCAAGAAGUCCAACCGCAUCGGCGGACGCAGACAGAUGCCCCAACAUCAAACCUCUCUGCGGACAGAUCUGGUCUUCCCCGUCCCUGAAGACCCUCCUCCCCGUCUGCCCACCAGUCCCUAGCUACCAAGGCUCUGCUCCAAUUGGUCGACUGGUGCUGUCACGUUAAAAUUGUACCGGGGGCGAAAAUUGUACCGGCCUACGUCAUCGUUUGUUUACAUCCUGACAACCUGACAACCUGCCCUGCAACAGACGACGCGAUGCAGAAAACAUGUUUCCAAACGACGAAAUAACAUAAUACAGAUAGCGGAUCGCUAUCUGUAUUAUGAUAGAUAGCGAUAACACUUGUUUUUACUUUAUAUUUGUAUUGUAUUUAAUUGUUUAAUCGAAGCAAUAAAACAAUUUGCCCGCGAAACGGGCGAUCGCGUCAAAUGACGCGUCAAAUCAUGUAGGAAGGUUCUUGAACAUUCUAUGUUACUAUGAAACCUGCUUAAAACAAUCAGUUUACUAGCUAAAUUCGAUUAAACAAUUCAAUACAAUACAAAUAUAAAGUAAAAACGAGUGUUAUCUAGCGAUCCGUUAUCUGUAUUAUGUUUUAAGAACCCUCCUACGUCAUUUGACGCGAUCGCCCGUUUCGCGGGCAAAUAUUUUUAUUGUUUCGAUUAAACAAUUAAAUACAAUACAAAUAUAAAGUAAAAACAAGUGUUAUCGCUAUCUAUCAUAAUACAGAUAGCGAUCCGCUAUCUUUAUUAUGUUAUUUCGUCGUUUGGAAACAUGUUUUCUGCAUCGCGUCGUCUGUUGCCGGGCAGGUUGUCAGGAUGUAAACAAACGAUGACGUAGGCCGGUACAAUUUUCGCCCCCGGUACAAUUUUAACGUGACAGUGCCCUCAAUGGUGCUUAUGUUGUCCCAGAUGUGAGUGUACGAAUCUGGAUCUCCACAUAGUGCACUACUUAAUAUCCAAAAAUGCACCAUAAAGAUUCAAGAUUCAAUACUUUAUUGCCAUACAACUCUGUACGAGUUGCUAGGGAUUUGUUUCAGUGUGCUCAUGACAGUACAUGACAGUACAAGACCCACACAAAAGACACAUAAAACAUAGAACAUCAUUUCAUCCAUGGAAUAUCCUUCCAAGGCUCCCACACAUAAGACAUAUAGCCCACUUCCACCUGGUUGACAGGCCAGGGUAAGUGCUGUAUGUUUGAUUAAAGUGACCGGUGCUUAUAGGUGCAAGUGAUGUGCAAAAUGGAGCAAUUCAUGUGCAAAUCUGCAUAAGGUCCAAUAAAUAAGUACAUAGUUAAGAAAACUCACAUUAUAUAAAAACAGAGUAGAAAUGAGUGCGUAUUAUACUAUGCAGGGCCACUGGGGGAGUCUGCAUUCCUGAUACACUGGUGUAGGGAUGAAGAGUUGUUAAGAGCUUUAAUGGUCCUGCAGUAUGUGCUGUUGAGGAAGCGGGAGGUUUUAGUUUUGAUGGCCCUCAACCUCCUACCUGAUGGGAGUGGAUUGAAGAGGGAGUUAGCAGGGUGUAAUUUAUCCUGAAGAGUUGUCAGGCCUCUACUGUGGAUACGGGCCUCGUAGAUGUCUGAGAUGGGAGGGAGACUGCAGCCAACUAUCUUGGAGGCCGUAUGGACAAUCCUGUCUAGUCGCAUCCUCUGCUGGACAGUAGGGUUGCCGUACCAGACUGUGAUUGAGAACGUAAGGACGCUCUCACAGGUGGCUCGGUAGAGCUGCUGCAUCCCCUUGCAGGCCACCCCAAACUUCUUUAGUUGGCGGAGGAAAAAGAGCCUCUGGUGGGCUGUUUAAAUAAUAGCAGUGAUGUUAUCUUCCCAUUUCAGAGAGGAGGAGAUUAUUGUGCCCAGAUAUUUGAAGCUGUCUACCCGUUCCUCCACCGCCGCAUUGAUAGACAGAGGUGGGGUCUCCUUCCUCUGUCUUCGGAAGUCCACCACUAGCUCCUUAGUUUUUAUAAUAUUUAGCUCUACAUUGUAAAAACAAAAACGUAAAAAUUAUUGGUCUCAUUAUGAUUUCUGAGUAAAAUGAAUAUAAAACAUUAAGUAUUCAUGUCAACUGUGCAAUGCAAUUUAGUCCAACCAACAAUGUUGAGUUUUGGGUCAAGAGUUGGGCUCACUGUAGUAGUGUAGGGUUUAAGUCAGACUCUGUCUGAGGCUGGGCCAACUACGGUGCACAUGCGCAUUUCGACACUUUGGAAAAUACGGGGUUUCCUAACGGAAACUACCCCCCGGGGAGUCUGGGUAUUUGUGAUGCCGGUUGGGAAAAAGGGGUUUAUUGCCUUUUGUCAAUUUGUUUCUGUUAGGUUAAGUGGGGUUAACGGGUUUGGGGUCUUUAUUGUUUGUGCGUAGUGUUGCCGCCACCGUUACAGAGACUUGCAUGUCCGUUGUUUGGGUGUGCGGUGCGCUGUGUGUUGUGGUUGUGUGUUAAAUAAAGGCAGCUCUCGGGAUCGUGCGGUGUAUGAGGCACGAUAGUUGCGUCACCGUUUAACCUGGGCUCCCGUCUCGUGCAGAACAAGUUUGACCAUAAUGUCAAACUUGUUCUGCACUUUGGUUUGCUGCAUUUAGACAGCGAUUCUCUGCUGCUGAACUAGCUACAUGUUGCUUGUUCUAUUGCUGUCUGGCAUUCAGAAAUGUAAAAUGGAAGUUUCCAAUUAUUAAUUUUAAUAAAGUGAACUUAAAACUUGUUUUGCAUUCUUUGAAAUGUUUUUUUUUUUUAAUAAUAAUAACCUUAAUUUGAAAUAUUAAGUUAACAACCCUGACUUACUUUUUUGAGUUUUGUAAAAUAUAAAAAUCUUAAUUGGUAUAACUCUAACUUUCAAGUUUGUCUCAAGAAGAAAAUGACCUUUUGUUGGGCUCAAAACUCAAAAAUGUAUUGCAGUAAGUUGCCUUGCAAUUUUGAGUUUUCUCAACUUUUUAUUUUUUACAGUGUAGGUUGUGGUGGGAACACCAUUCAGUUAAAGAAAGGAAGUCAUUUCUGUAGGCACUGUCACCCCCCUGUCAUCCCCUGAAAUCAACCCUAUCAAGGUUGUAUCAUCAGCGAGUUUAAGCAUUUUCACUGAGUCACUGUGUGAUAUGCAGUCAUUAGUGUACAGAGAAUAUAACAGAGGUGAUAAUACACACCCCUGGGGGGCACCAGUGCUAAUGUGUUUGGCCUGUGACAACUUGUUAUUGAUUUUGACAACUUGUGUUCUUUGCUGUAGGAAAUCUAAAAUCCAGUGACAUAAGGAGUUCUGGACACCCAUGUUUUGGAGUUUAUAGAAAAGUUUGCUGGGUACAAUCAUAUUAAAAGAAGAGCUGUAGUCUAUAAAAAGUACCGUUGCGUGGUUGCCUGGGGACUCGAGAUGUUGUAGAAUAGAGUGGAUACCAAGUGACACAGCAUCCUCAACAGACCCAUUAGUCCUAGGCCUAUAUGCAAACUGAAAGGGGUCUAGACAGACAGAUUUGGACAGAUGAUCACAUGAUUUUUUCAAAGAUUUUCAUUAUGACAGAUGUAAGAGCUACCGGUCUAUAAUCAUUUAAACCAGUGAUGCUGGGCUUCUUGGGCACCGGAAUAAUAACAGCUGACUUAAAACAUGUGGGGACUCUGCAUUCCCUCAGAGACCAGUUAAAAAUGUCUGAGUACUGGGGUCAGUUCAUCAGCACAAUGUUUGAUGGUAUAGCAGAGGAUACGAGGUCAGGGCCUGCGGCUUUCCUACAACUCUGCUUUUUUAGUAGCCGCCUAACCUCAUCCUCCUGUAUGACAAAAGGCGGUGCUACUGGGGUUUUGAUGCCCGUUGGUUGUAUAAGGGCAUCAUCCCGAUCUUUGUCAAAGCGGCAAUAAAAUUCAUUAAGACUGUCAGGCAGCCUUCAUUAAGACUGUCAGGCAUGUCAUCAAAUAAAUAAAGAAGUUUAUGGGACUUUCUCAAUCUGUGUUCUUGACUGUUGUGUAUCAUCACUUUGUGCAGAUCAAGUACUGUCCCCAAUACAGAACUUUGCAUUACACAA